CGCCGCCGAGGGGCUCACCUGAGAGACGCGCGCGGGGCGCGGAGGGGCCGCCCGGGAUGCGGCAGAGGGCCCGACAGAGGCAGGCGGGGACUUGGAGAGGCAGGCGGGGUCGCAGCGGGGUUUGGAGUUGACCCUGCGGCGUGUGAGGACCGGACGCCCAAUCUGGUCGGUGGACCAGGUGGGAAAAGAGCUAGGAGGGCUGUCUUGCGGGCACCUGGUGGUGUCCUUGCGCCCCCGUGAGAUCUGCCUCCCGUGUCGUCCGCGGCAGUGGAGGCUCGCUGCUCUUGGCAGGGCAGGCCUCGAAUUAACCGGAACGCUGGGACGUUGCACCACCGACCUCUUAACGACCGCUUUCCGAGAUCUCGUGGCUCUCCUAGGUCCUGGGGAGGCUCGCCCCAGAGCCCCCGAGCUUUGGAAAUUGAUGGCCGGGUUGCCGGGCAAAGCUGUUCCUACCCAGGGUCUGUUAAAGGCGGGAGCAGCAACUGUGAAUAACCCCCUCCUCCCUUCCUGCACGGGCGGCACGUGAACAGCGCAGUUAGCAGGUGCUGAGAGUUUAGGGAGAGGGGUAACGAAGAGCUGGAGACGCCUGCUGCUCUCGGGACUGAGCUCUGGGCUAGAGGUUCAAGGAGGAGUGAGACCUGGGCUCACCUGAUGGGCAGUUACAGAACAAGGUGUUUCCAAACAGGACAUUCGUGAGCGGAUCUGGGACUACAUGGAGUCACAAAACUUAGCCGAUUUCCCCCGGCCUGUUCAUCACAGGAUUCCCAACUUCAAGGGUGCUUCCCGGGCCGCCGAGCACUUCCCGCGUUUGCAGGUGUUCAGAGCGGCCAGAACCAUUAAAGUCAACCCUGAUGCUCCCCAGAAAGGGGCCCGCUUCUUCGUCCUCGACAGCAAAAAAACGUUGUUGGUUCCAACACCACGACUGAGAACGGGGUUGUUUAAUAAGAUCACACCACCCCCCGGGGCAACUAAAGACGUCUUGAGGAAGUGUGCCACCUCUCAGGGCGUGAGGAGCUACAGCACUCCCGUGGGCUUGGAGUCCAGGCUCCUCGUGGACUUGGUCGUGGUGGGCGCCGUGGCUGUUUCUGAAAAAGGCUGGCGAAUCGGGAAGGGCGAAGGCUACGCUGACCUCGAGUACGCCAUGAUGGUGUCGAUGGGAGCGGCCAGCCAGGCCACGCCAGUGGUCACCAUCGUCCACGACUGCCAGGUUGUCGACAUCCCUGAAGCGCUGCUCGAGGACCACGACCUCACCGUGGACUACAUUCUCACUCCUACGCGCGUCAUCGCCACGGGGUGCACGCGCCCCAAGCCAGCGGGCAUCAUCUGGUCCAAGAUCAGCCAUGAGAUGAUGCGGCAAAUGCCAGUCCUCAGAAGCCUGCGCUGCCGAGAGGAGCAGGCUGGCAAGGACGUCACCCUCCGGGACGGGCAUCGGCACCUUCCACGGGUCCAGGCUGCCCUGAGCCCCGGCAGAAGCCCGUGUGACCCACCCCGGCCGGAACCGGGCUCUGUGCCUUCCGACACUGUCUAUGUUGGGAACCUUCCCCGGGACGCCCGGGUGAGUGAGCUGAAGCGGGCCCUUGGCGCUCUCGGCGUGGCCCCGCUGCGGCUCACCUGGCAGGGUGCGCAGCACAGGGCCUUCCUCCGCUACCAGGACCCGGCCGCGGCCCAGCACGCUGUCUCCUGUUUGCAGGGUUUUUGCCUGGGCACCAACACUGUGAGGGUGUCUCUGGCCAGGCAGCAGAGGGCCGGUGACCCAGCAGGUGGCCGCACUGGAGGGCCACACCCUGACCAAUGCUCGGCCGGGGCUGCCCCGUGAUGAUACCCCCACCUGGUCCCCACCGAACCUCAGAGCCCGGCACAGAGGGACGCGGUGGGGCUGUUCCUGCAGCAGCUGCUUUGAGAUCAGUCCUUCCCGGGAAGCCCUGCUUCAGUCGCCGCGGGCGACCCCGGAGAGACGUCUGCCCCCAGGGUGCGCCCGCCUUCAGGAGGAGGAGAGCUCCGUGGGCAGGUUCUGCUUCAUCCUGCCCCUCGAGCCUGUUCCAGUCACAGCCCUGCUGGUUCCUUGGUUCAGGGGACCGAGUGAGCAAUAAACACACAGGAACAAAUGGUGACAGCAGUUAGGGGAGUCUGCUCCCUGGACUCGAGGGGCAUGGGGGUGAAGGGAAGGUAGACGGAGGUCUCCUGCCCCCCUGACCUGGCACUGCUGGCGGGACGAGGUGCGUUCAAAGCACAGAAGCCAGGGGGCUCAGCCCCCUCGGUUCAAACUGCGUGCCGCAUCUGAGUCCUGGUGUCGGAGACGGAGGCUGAUCCAACGUGGACCCUCGGCUGUGCGACCUCACCUCUGUCCUCUCCUCACCCUUCCCGCCAGGCCUCUCCCUCCGGGGAGCUGCUCUGCCCUCGGCUCGCCGCCCCUGCCCGGCAGGAAGCUCGGUCUCUAGGAAAUCCUGGCCUGGGAGGGUGAGUCGUCCCAGUCGGCGUCGCAGACAAGGCCAGACAGACGCUCGCACGCUCACUUGCCCACUGCCGUGUGCUUUCUGGGUCUUUUCCUCCGGCCCUCAUUUCCUAAAAAAACAAGCUGGAUUUUGGCUGAACCAUGCUUUCUAAACAGAAGUGCUUUUGCAAUUGAUCCUGGGCAGAAAGUCAAAGUAAGCAUUUAAGUGGAGAUUUUAUUUUUUUUUAAAUGUAUAUGCAUUGAAAAUUUUUGGUUUUUCACAAGAGGGUCUUACUGAGUGUGUUUUAAGCCCAUUUGAAGAAAAUGUUCUCAAGGCCCUCAGACUCCCUUUGAAAAAGUAUUUUCUCUUUGGUUUUACAGUGAAAAUGCCAUGGAGAUUUUGGAAAGCGAAUUGGUCAUUCGAUUCGCUUGUUAAAUGCAGGCUCUUUCCAUGUUGACAUCAACAGAAGCAGGAGGUGGACUAUUUCAGCACAGGCCGGGGCCUCUUGGCUCAGUCUCUCUCUGCCCGGCCUGUCCAGCCCCGUCCCACAGCUGGUUUCGUCUUGUCGCUUGCAUUCGGCCUGGCUGUCCCAGGCCCUGGGACUGCCCAGCCCACAGUGGCGACCUGAUGAUCCGAACUCCUCCCUCCCGUGGGUCUUCCGCUUUUAUCCAGAAUGCCUCCUGUGUGUGACACGUUCUGGUUUUGCUGAUGUGCCACCAUCCAGGAGGACAGACCUGAGCCUGUCCCUGCCGUCGCUCCUGCCCUGCCCCAGCCGCGAGACCCAGGGGCAGGUAGACAGCAGCCCGGGAAAAAUGCGGCUGUGAAGGGGCCUGUCAGAGCUGAGUGAGGCGGGGGCCGGGUUCGGGUCUCCCCCCACCGGAGAGGGCGGCGUGUCUGGGACCCUGGCGCCAGCGUCCUAGCCUGUCUCGUUGUGCACCUCAGGGGCCGUCCCUUCGGGUGGAGCCUGGUUGCUGGGUUUCCUGUCACUGCAGCCAGAAUAAGCCACAUGUAUUGAUACACGGGUCGUCUCACCGCAUUCAUCCUUUUGUGCUUGUGGACAGAAGGUUGGGAUGAGGGCAGCGAAGACCAAGGGCCUGAGAGCCAGCUCCCCCCCACCCCAUGGCACGCCUUCCACAGGCCUCAGGGCCGCCGGGAGGAGCGCCCCCUCGCACGCGGCUUGUCCUUCCCGAGGCUGUUGAGGAUUUGUCAUCGUCACCAUUACACAACUCACACAGCCAGAGAAAGCGCUGGACAGCGAGCCCGGGCAGGGUGCUGAGGCCACACGAACCCCUCUGAGUGGAGCUGUGAGGCUGCCGGGGUCUCGUCCCGGCUGUCCCCGAGUGCCGCUGUGGCCCUGCCUGUGGAUGUGCGGACGCUCUGGCCAGAUCCGCAGCGGCUCCGUCUCCGGAGACCCCGCCUCUGCUCUGCGUGGGGCGCCCUGGGCCCUGGGCUGCCGUCAAGUCCUAGAGGCUUUCUGGGCUUCAGAACCACAGGGCUGGCUGAGCACAUUGGCUUCUAAGGCCUGGCCGGUUCGCAGGCUCUGUUCUGAGGCUCACCGUUCCCCCAUCACCUGGGUGGUUCUGUUUAUCGAAGUCAAGGGACCCAUUCUGGAAACGAGAGUGUCAGGGAUGCGGAGCUGUGCCCUUCACCCCAGCCCUUUAGCCGCUCGUCGACUUGAGUCUUUCUUCCGAGCAGCUUUAAAGCGCCGCCGCGGGUAACGAGAGCGGAAGCACACGAUCCAGCUGAGCGGCCGGGUCCCGCCGCCCGGUGCCGCCUCUGGCUUCCGCUUGUCUGUGGAUGGGUGCAGCGAUAGGAUCUCCUCUGGAUUUGCUGUUUGGAGGGCGAAUAAAGCGGUUUAGAUUUCUAAA